AUGUCUGAUUUAGGUGUCAAUGCAGGAUCCGAAAUCUGGCACUCUGACCUGGCCCCCAUUACUCCAGGAUGGGCCAUUUUUCGAAUCGUUGCGUACGUUAUCCUUGGCGUUGGUGCCGUGGUGUACUUCGUCUAUCAGUGUUUCUUCCACCACCAGCAGGUUCCGGGAGGGAAUCCGGAUCCUGUCGGAGCCGACGACGAUGGUGUUGUCACCGCGGAGCUGGAGCUAGUCGUGUAUGAGCAGAGGAACUUCAGAGACUCGUCGAAGCAGCUGGGUACCAGAGUUAGCCCAAACUGCUCCAUUUGCUUGGAGUCGUUCGCAUAG